AUGUCGUGCGGAGAUAUUGCCGUUUGCGUUUCUUUCGCUAGCUGUUUUGGAGCUGCGGGAUCGCAAGAGUCCGUUUCUGAAGUUGCCUUUGGAUCGAUGGCGGUGACGAUAUCAACACUACCGCCUGUCAGACAAGUCCUCGCACGACGCGGAAGCCCAAACACCCAGUCGCCCCACGACUAUCGAGAAACGCUAUACUCUACCCAGGGCAGCCAUGUGACUGACACCGGUGUCAUCGCACCGGGUAGCACAUCUGAACUCCAACCGACCCGAUGCCAAGCUGCCCGGAUGAUCAAGAUUUUCGAACAUGCUCGUGAAGACAGCAACAAGCAGUGUGAAUGUAUCGACGUCGAAAAUGACCUAGGUGUCUGGAACUUCUCGUAA